AUCGCGAAAUCCUCAGUUUCUCCGCUCAGCACGCACGGAUAUUUAAGACAGUUCAAACUAUCCCCAAAAGUACUGAAAGCGUCUUGCAAACCUAUUUGAUCAGUAAUAGAAAAGUUUGCUACGGUGAAAAAUCUGAACGGUUUUAAAAGACGAAAUUUUGAUCAAAAUGUAAAGAACUAUACCUCGACUGAUCGCAGCAAGGUAUUGUUGAGAGCGGUAAAGUUAGGAAAGGUAUUCAUCCGCGUACAACAGCUGCAGGAUCAGAACUCUCCUCCGAGGAACUGACCAGUUUCCAAACUGCUUCCAAGAGUACGGACAAAACUCCAUUAAACCCCGUCAAUCAAUUUAAAUGACAUCUUCCAUUCUCCACUACCUCUAUUUGUCCAGCACCCCUUUCGGAGUCAGCUAGUAUCGAGCGAAACCUAUCUGCCAUGGAACGCCAGAACCACUUGUGACGCGGAGGAGCAAGAUCCAUAAAACCCUUCCAGGAUGGUGGAAAUGAAAGGUCUGGAGGAGAACCGGGGGGUGCAGAAGGGCAUAGACAAUGACGGAUUCGUGCCCCCUCUCGAAAACAAUUUGCCUCCUCGCAGGAAUGGCCCCACCUCCAAGAGCGACAUCAUAGACAGUCUCUGCACCAACUUCAAUCAGGACCUGUUGAUCGCCAAGACCUUCUACUUCUUCUUCUUCUCGGCGUUCGGGUCUCUCUUCCCCUUGCUGGCUGUCUACUUCAAACAAAUGGGCAUGAACGCCACCCAGAGCGGAUUUCUGAUCGGAGUUCGGCCUUUCGUGGAGUUCCUGGCAGCUCCCUUCUGGGGCAGCAUGGCCGACAGAUUUAGAAAAGGAAAGAUAAUGCUGCUGUUCUCGCUUCUAUCAUGGAUAGUCUUUACACUGGCUCUGGCCUUUAUUCAGCCAGCAGCUUCCUCUUGUGUCAUGAAGAACGACACCCAUCAUAUACUCUCCGUGCCGGACAAGUCCGGGUACGGACGCGAGAAGCGGGCCGCCCCGAUCAUCGACCUUGACGACUACGAUCCUCUUUACGACGAGCAAGAGCUCAUCGACCGGGCAUCGACUUACGACGAAUCCGCAGAGGACAUCAAUGCCACUUACGAAGACGUCAUCAACAACAUGGAUGAGCUCGAGGUGGGCAACUGGCUGAUGGGAAUUCGAAAGCGAAGAGAUCAACUGCUCAAGGACGAUCCUAGAAAGCCAACGAAGGAAGACAGAUCUGGAAAAUCCAACGACCAGAAAAAGGAACCGAAUUUCAUUGUGGGAAAGUCCCCUAACUCUGUGGAUUACACUCUGAAUUAUAACCAAGACGAGCAUGUUUCGUACGUGUCCCCGCGCUUCAGCCGCAUCGUCUACAAGGAGGAAGACGUCCGCGAAGUCUUCUUCCUCCUUGUCCUUCUCAUCGUCUUGGGAGAAUUUUUCAGCGCCCCUGCCAUCACCCUCGCGGACUCUGCUACCAUCUCCUACCUGGCGGAGAAUGCUGAUAACUACGGAAAGCAAAGGAUGUUUGGGUCCUUAGGAUGGGGGCUGGCCAUGUUCUUUGUGGGAAUAGCGCUGGAUCAUUCGACCGCCUUUCCCGACCAUCCCUGCGGUCCCCACGAGCGAGAACGGAAUUACACGAUCUGCUUCGCGACUUUCUCUGUUCUGAUGGGCUGUGCCCUGAUGGCGGCGACGCAGUUCAAGUUCGAUUACGAAUCCUUAGAUGAUCCGAUUCCUAUGAAACCUGUUGCUCAGAACGGCACCGAACCCCCCGUGAAAGGAACCGGACUGCCCAGUUUCCUGACAGAAGGGACUGUUAUGGACGACUCCCCCAUUCCGCCUCCUCCUCCGAAAAAACCUGAAGAGACAGCUCCAAAGAGCACCGUGUUUGCGCAGACCACUCGCCAACUACCUGAGUGGCUCUCCGUCAUGCGGACCUUUGCCAACUUACGUUACGGAGCCUUCCUCUACGUCACCUGGUUCAUGGGCUUCGGUAUCGGCCUCGUCUUCACCUUCCUUUUCUGGCACCUUCAAGAUCUCGGGGGUACCUCCACCCUCUUCGGCGUCGCUUCCGUCAUCAACCACAUCUCGGAGAUCUUCGCCUACUUCUUCAGCUUCAAAUUCAUCAGGCAGAUAGGACACACAAAAGUCCUUUGCGUUGGUCUGGUGGGCAAUAUUUGUAGAUUUCUGUACAUUUCAUGGUUGCGCAACCCGUGGUGGGUGCUCCCAUUUGAGUUCGUGCAAGGCAUUACUCAUGCCGCCGUGUGGGCAGCCUGCUGUUCUUACAUCACGCAGGCCACUCCUGCCAACCUGCGAUCUUCGGCCCAGGGAGUGCUCCAAGGUUUGCACCACGGUCUGGGCAGAGGCUGUGGAGCCGUUAUCGGAGGAAUAUUUGUCUAUUAUUUUGGAACCCAAGUAACAUUUAGAGGUUAUGGAUUUGCGAGUUUAAUUGUCCUGAUUUUGUUCAUAUUUAUCAAUUACUAUAAAAAAGAUAAAGGAUUUUCUUCUUUUCAGGAUGAUCAAGAACCCGAAGCCAUCGUCGAAGAAACGGCCCACCUUGCUCCCCACGGCGUCCCUUCGAAUCCGAUGGCCCGAUCCCUCUCCAAGCAGAAUCUGCGAGGGCCCGGGAUGAACAACAACGAGGGAGGAUACGGGACCGCUGGUCCCAACGUCACCUCCGGCGGAUAUCUGGGACUUCCUGAAGGUGGAGGAGGUUACGCAGGGGACGGAGGCCAGAACUAUACUUCCGAUUUCAACAUGAACAAGACGCCCCUAGCAGCCCCCGUGGAUGGGGCCCUUACGCGUCGAGCUCUAGCCGCGGCUUUCAACCCGAAGGGCAUCCUCGCACAAGCGGCCAGUCCAGAGGCGGCCUACGAGUACGAGUUCAUCAGGAGGGAUUUUGAGGCUUAUAAAGAGGUGACGAGUUUAGCUCGGCAACUGAAUGAAAGUAUCUCGCCGAAGCAUGAAGUGUUAGUUGGACCGAAACCGAAAACGAGAUUGUUCAACCCGCAGCCCGAAAACCAGCAGGAAGCGGCAUACGACUGGUAGAAGAGAACAAUCUGGCAAUGGCAAAAAAUGCAAUCACCAAAACAAAAUAUGCAAAAGAUCUAAACUGAAUUUUAUUAUUAUUUUUUCCCCUUUCAACACGAAUUGAAUCAUUGCCAUGAAAAUAGUUCUAAAAACUAACGGAUGAAAUGAUUAAAAGGGUUGUCAUAUACAUUUUCCGUUUAAAAGUUUUAGUUUUGAAAUUCCAAGAUAAUUAUUUGUUUGGAGUAUAUUUGAAGCAUUAACAAGAUUUGAAUGAAAAUGUUUUAGAAGUCUAAAUAAAAUCACAACAUUUUCUUCUCGAAACAUAUUGCUAGUUCAAUGUUUGGAAAUGGAUAGGAUAAAAUUCCCUGGGCGUUCAUUCGAGUAGUUCAUGUUGUGGAUGAUCUGGGAAAAAUGAAAUGGUUUUUAUUAAACUCCCAGAAUCACAAAAACUUUAUUACCAUAGCCAAGUGAAGUAAGAUGCAUAAAAUUUUGAGUGUGAUCAGUUUUCUGUAGUUAGUAUUUAGAGUACCUUUCAAAGAAUUCCAAAUCAAAUAUUCAUUACUAAUUAUUUUGCUAAUUAUAAAGCUUCCUAGUAAAGAAUUUUUUAAAGUGAAGCAAAUAUAAUUUUUUAGUUUUUACACUACAACUGCGUGAUUUUAUUUCUUUGCAAAGAAUCGUGGUAGAAAUGCAGAGAAAAGAUACAUUCCACGAUUUUGCGUUUCAGUCAAUUAAAAAUGUGUCACGAUUUUUGUAGUAAAGAUUCCAAAUCAAUUUUAUUACUAUCCUGACAUUUUCCCAAUAACUCAUUAGAAUUUUUCGUUCAUUGAAAACCACCGUUAUAUAUGAUGGUCUCCUU